AGGAAGGAGUGAGACUGUGCUGGAGGGCCGUGCUCUGCUUCCAGCGUGCUGCUGGGAUCCCACCGUGGGCUUUCGUGGGGAUAGCAGUGCAGCGCUGCUGUUACUGCCGUCAGCAGCAUUCGGUGAGCAAAGGCGCUGCUCGGGGAGCUGCUCGGUUUGGGUGCAGGUGUUAUGGCUGCUCUGGAGGGGCCUUCGCAGCAUGGUGGGUGCUGUUGGGUUCCUGGGACUGGGAGCAUGCUGCUUUCCCAAAGCACGCACCUCUACUCAUCACCCAAAGAGCUGCGGAGGGGUUUGGAUGCUUCUCUGAGCUUGAUGGUGGUCUGUCAUGGGCAGGGCUGGAGAACACGGUCUUGGAGUAAGCUUUGUCAGUGUGUGUAGGGGGGGGAAGAGGCCCAGCUUCCCUCUGAGGCCUUUGGGAAGGAGCAUGGGGAGAAGGCACGUCCUCAAAGCGAGAGACACAGGGAGUGUUGGGUGGACAGAAGACAGAGUGCCAUAGGUGGGAUAGCAGUAGCACUUCUGAACCUUUCUGUAACCUGCCCUUGUCACAGACACAAAGCUGGUGCCUUCCUGGUGAGCCGCGUCCCACCCUGCGACUGCUUUUCCCUGGGCUGAAAGUUGUGUGUGCUUCCAGGUGGUAAACAAAAGCUGUUACCUUUUUAUCAGUGCUGCUCCAAAGUGAGGCUUCGGGAGCAUAGUUCACUGGAGCUUUACUGAAGUGCAGAGGGUCAUCUGAGUUCAGCCUUAUUUUUAGCUCAGUUUGUUGUUUUUUUUUUUCUGUUUUGGUGCCACUGUCGAGUGGCAGACGAACUGGAGGUGCAGUUCUGCACAGCACACAGCCAGGCUCUGCUUGUCUGAACUGCAGUGGGGGGGCUGUUGGCUGAUAUGAGCCAUUGUUCCACCACAAAUGAAGGAUAUGUGUCUGUAGGUAGAUAGAGGCGCUGGCUUGGGCUUUUUAAACUACAGCUGUUUGCACGUGGUGAACUUUGUGUCUUUGGAAGCAUGUGGUUUCAGCGUCACAUGGAAUUAAAGGGCUGUAUGUAUGAUGGGAAAAGUAGAAUCGGGGGGGAGAAAGCUGUGCGGGGAAAGAGAUUUUCUUACUUUAUGUGUAUUUGUAGGCAGUGAGUAAUGAGUGGAAAGAAAAACUUGGGGGGGAUGAGGUUUUAAAAAGAUUUCUUGAAGGAAAGCAAAGCUGCAGGGUGAUGGACAAGGAGAAGAGCGAUGGAGAGAUAGGAGUUCUGUUCUGUUACAUGCUGGAUGGGAAGUCAGCGGGGCUGCUGCAAGACACAACCAUGCUUUGGUACACUGCUGUAGCACAGCAGCUUCAAGAAAUGCCGUUUUCUAUGUAGGAGUAAGUUAGGCCAGUGUCGUGGCUUUAGUGGUGGCCAGGCCUGGCUGCAGGUGGGAGUGGUGUCCCAGGCUGUCAGUGUGAGCCCUGCAGCCCCAGCCCUACGUGGGACAGAUGGGGUGGGUCUGUGUUGCUGUGAAAUGACACUUAGGGGAUGCUUUUAUCAAACGUCACCUUAGAUCUGUCCAUCUUUGCUUGGCCCUCAGGCUGUCCUUGGGGAGCAGGUUUGCGUGCAGGUUGUUGUGCAGCAAGGCUUCCUCCGUAAAGCGCAGAGCCAAGGAGGUGCACUGCGGGCUGCCCGCUCCCUGCAGCCCUUCGUGUUCGUAACUUGCUAUGUGUUCAAUGCACAGCGCUUCUUCCCUCCCCUCCAUGCUCUCCCUUAUGCACUUCCGAAGGUAUUUUUUUUGUGUGUUACAACCAUUUGCUCUUCAGAAAGUCCUCAUGCUGUGAAUAAAUGUGGUGGAUCAAUAUAAUUAGGUCACCAGUGUCUUCCCAGCUCAGACACAAGCAUAUACUGCGCUAUGGAGGGCAAACAGAUUGGUGUGUGCCACGCUUGGAGCUGUUGUUUAAAAGUCUGUCUCUUUCCUUACAGCCCUCCCACUUCGAUUCCAUUUCUGAGAAGCAGAAAGGAAGGGUUGGCAUCCGUGGAUUUGUUGUCUCUGUGUGUGUGCAGUACGUUUGUGUGCAUGGAAGCUCUGGUUUUGCAGGUAUUCCUGAGUAGCUCAACAUGUGCUUCUGUUCCUGCAAGGUGCCCUGGCUGGCUGUGCUCAGCCCCUUCCAGCAGCCGCUCCUGCGGUGGCUCUGUUAGGAGAUGUGUGCAGAAGUGGAGGAGAGCCAUAGGAACAUGGGAUGCGGAUGGGAUGUGUUGGUGAUACAACUGGAGCUUUGGGAUAAAGAGUGUUUGGAGUGCUGGUUGUAAAAGGAGAGAAGUGGGUAGGAGGGGAGGACUGAGGUGAGCUCAGGGCCUCACUUCCUAUUGGCAGUAUGAGCCUUGAGCUCAGGAGCUUUCUGAAACCUUGGCUGAGCGAAGGGACACAGGGGCAGCUGCGUUGCCUGAGAAAUGUUUCAGUUUUAAACAAAGCUGAAGCCUUGAAGGCCAUAGAGUUGUUAAGAUUGGAGGAGACCACUAUGAUCAUCUAGUCCAACCAUCAACCCAUAGUCCAACCAUUGACCCAUCUUCGUUCUUAGGAGGGCAUGUGGUAGGAGAGCAUCCUCUGAAAACACAGCAAGUGGAGGAACUGCUCUGCAGAGGAGGAGCAGGCACAGGGCGUGAGUGCACUGCCAAAAAUUAAGUGCUUCUAGACCUCGUCUGUCUCCCAUGCUGAUAUUCCCCAGCCUUGGCACAUCUCAGAGUUCUUUCGAGCAGAAAUAGCUUUAAUUUAUUUAAUGACAAAAGCUAAUCAUGUUAUAGCGCAGAUGUGUCACUUUACUGGCUUUACAAGAUUUUGUGGUGAAAUGUCUUAGAGAAAGCCAUUCUUCCAAAAAUGGGAUUUGCAACAGCUUGUUUUCUUCUCGUGUCUGGAGACAUGCUGGCGUGUGUUCUCUGGCAGGAGUCUGCAGGACAAGGUCGCUUUACUUGCAGGUAUAUAUAUUUUGAUGUAUAGUACUGAUUUCGGAAUGCGGGUUUUAUAUUUAUCCAUGGUAAGAAGUUGGUUGGGGAGUGGUGGGAGACGUAGAAGAACGAAGUGCCCUCCUCAGUGUUGGGAAGUGGGAUGCCCAUCUGUGUAUGCGGGCUUUGUCUGUUGCUGUGUUGGGCCUCAAAGGCUCUUUCAUGUCAGCAGCUCGUGCUGAGCUGCGUGGAGCUGGUGCAUUUGCUCUGGUUUUGUUUCAUGGUAAGAGUUAGCAGUGAAGGCCUCUCUUUAGAGAUAACCUAUAUUUUCUUUUUCUCCCUAAUCCAGCAUUUUCAGGGCUAGUCAACUGUCAAGUUUAGUUGUGCGUAAAUCCUCUAAUAUGAUUAGAGUUGCUGGAAUUUUCACUCCAAGGAAUUAGAGGUGGGUAGUAUCACUGCUUUACAGGCGUUUCUUUAAUGGGAAGCUGCAUCUGUGACUGGAUGUCUGCUUGUAAUUGCACAGGCUUUUCUGGAGUGGAUAAGCAGGAAGGUGCUGGCAUUUGCUGCGGGGCUCGAGGUACUGCUCUCUGGGUGAGCUCAGGAGCUUGUUUUCCCAUUCUGAAGGUUGGUGUAACUUCUCACCGUUCCAUGUUUGCCCUUUGAGGUAUUUCCAAGAACUUCUCCUGGGCUGUGGACUUGGUUUUGCCUCCCAAAUAGGAAAUGAUGAUGUGGGACAGCUGGAAGGAGAAAAUAGGAUGGGUUCUUUAAAAAAAAAAAAAAAAAAAAGAUCAAAGGAAGGAGAGCAGAAUGAGCUUUUAGGCUAGUGAUAUUUUUGGGUACAUGUUAUCCUUGUGUUGUGUUCUGUGACUCUGGGAGGUGUCCUGGAGCAUGCUCUCUCCUCAUAGCAGGUGAUGGCACACUGUUGCUGAUGGGACUUGAGUCAGAUUGCUGCCGGGCACGUAACUGGGUUAAUGGGACAGCGCUUUCUUCCUUCCUGAAAGGAAAAUUACAUGUUCUUUAUGCUUAUUGUACCUUAAAAGUUGUUUUUACCUCUGUUUUGCUCUUCGGUCAUCUGAGAUGGCCAGAAACAGACUGCUUUCCUACGCAGAGUGAGGCCCCAAGGCUUCCCUAGGUUGUGCCAGAUCUAAGUCAACCCCACCACCAAAGUAAUACAUUUCUGCUGUUGGUUGUAAGACCUCUGUGUGUCUGUAUGGGAACUGUUGAAUCAUGGCCUGAACCUCUGAUUGACCACCUGAGGCGAGUGCUGAGUCAGCUGCAGGGGCACAGGUGAUGGCAAUUUCACCUGAGUGACCGGAAGGGGUGGACCCUGGCUGCACCUCUUCUAGACCCCAUUUAAGGGCUGACUCCCAAGGAGGAAGGAUCUCUAUCUGGAGAUCACUCCUCUUGGAGCCCUUCUUUGAGCCCAGGAUAUGGGUAAGCUCUUUAUUUCGUUACUCCUUUGUAACGUGAUAAUCUUUCUGGUCCAAUACCUGUAUACCUAUUUACCUUACAAUCUGUAUACCUGUUUGCCGUACAGUGUCCUUUAUCUGGGUGUGAGCUGAUGUACUUCUAGAGCUCUAAACAAGCCCAAGAAAAAGCAAAGUGGCUUCUAAACUGCAUAUCUCGACAGAGAAACACAUCUUUGAUCCUUGCCCCGUGCCAGGAGCGUCCUCUGAAACCAAUGGGGAAGCGUCGAAGAGAAGCGAGAAGAGCUCGUGCAGUUGAACAUCUUAAAUAAUGCAGGUUUUCCUGGGCUGAAAGCAUUUGUGAGAUGGAAGCUGCUACAUGUUGUGCUGGUACUCUCUCAGGUUGCCAAAUAAUGAUUCCCUGUUUGUUUUUGUUUUGGUUUGAUUUACACCUGAGAGCGAUGAUGUGCGAGUUACUGAAUUACCAGGAGCUUGAUUUAAAUGCCCGUGCUCCUGGUGGCUUCUGGAAAUCCAUUUGAACUUGUGCUACGGCUGUGCUAACAGCAGCCUGAAGAAGAUUUCCCUCUUUUACUCAUUAUUAUGAAGUCAGAGAAGUUGCUGUGUCUGGAGAAUGGUGUUUUUCUGGGCUUAUUUUGUCCUUUUAAUGGAAAAGAAAAAUGAUGGAAGUCUCCUGUCCUUUCAGGCUGAGAAGGGAGACUGCCUGCAAGGGUUGGGGAGGGAGGUGUUUUAGCAAUCCUGCUUGCAGCUCUGCACAUAGCAGGGGGGUUGAAAUGAGAUGAUUGUUAUGGUGCUUUUCAACCCAGGCCAUUCUAUGAUUCUAACUUCCUCGAGAAAGGAAAUGUCUGUAUUAAGAAGAGCGUUUGUGCCCACAGGUGUGACAGUGGGCACCUUGUCUGGCAGCAUGCAGCCGGUACGUGGGGCAGACACGGGACGCAUGUUGUGUUUGCAAGGGAACUUGGCAGGGUGCAAUGGCUGGGGGUAAUCUGGGCCAUUUAUCGGGGGGAAGGCAAAGGCUGAAAUCAAGAAGUGCAUAAAGCAUGUUAGUUGUGACUUCUCAUGUGAAAUUCAUGGUGUCAGGCUCUGAAGUGUGCUGGGAUAGCAGUUUUGGGAGCGGCUGAUUGAUGCCCAUUUUGGCCUUAUAAGGUUGGUUAGGAUGUGCUCCUGGCUGUGCUUGCUGAGCUGCUGAGGCAUUCGGCUUGCUGUGGAAUGUAUGGUGAGCUUCAGUUUGUGGCACCUCUUCUUCCAGUGCUGACACAAAUACGAAUACUAGUUACUGAAUGGUCUGUCUUCAAAUGCUUUACUCUUCCGGGCUCUAUGUUUUGUAUUCUGGAGCUGUAAAAUGCAAAUAAUUCACCUGUCAACCUGUCUGCAACUCAGGCUGUGUGUUUCCUUCAGUGAAGGUGUUUUAAGGUAGAUUUCCAAGUGCCUUUAUGUCUGCAUUCGAAAGGAAAGAAGUUGCAGUUUUCAUUGAUACACAAAUAUUGCCAAGUGUAAUCUUGCAGGAUGCUCUGUGAGCUUAAACUGCUCAGCUUAAUUGUAUUUAUUACACUUCCAAAACCCUUUUCUUAAUUAAAAAAAAAAACCAACAACAACACAGAAGUCCACCUGCACAACCGAACUGCUUCAUUUUUAAGUGUUUGGUUCUGAGUUUGCACACUGAGUUUGGCUGUGCAGGAUUCCCGUUCUGCCCCCAGAACGUGGGAUCCAGCUGUGCUGCAGGGCAGUGGCACCUGGUGCGUCAGGCCUAUCAGAAACGAUUGCUGCCGGCGCUUGGCACCAUCCCCAUCUCUCGCUGAAGCCAAAGCACGCUUUAUCCACUCAGGCUGACAUUAAGAUCAUUAAAUAAGUGAAUGAAUUGUGCUGUCACCAAAUUCCGAUCCUGGCGGACUAAAAACAUGUGAAUUUUAUGGUGGAGACCUCUGUCCAGAAUGUCUUAUUGAAUGUCCUGUGGAUGUCAGCGGUGGGAAUAAUCAGCGAAAGCUUUCUAGUAAAGUGUGUGUGCCUUAAUGAGGGUUAUGGUGAGGAGAGGUGCAGGAGCCUGAAUUACCAGGUUGUGGGUCAUUGCAGAUGGGUGUUAGCCUGGGGAGCACCUGACGAAGGAAGUGGAGCUCUGCUGGCAGCGUAGGGCUGCCUCCCUCUGUGCUGGGUGGCUCUCUGUCUCCAUUGAGGAGUUGGCAUUGUCAUGGUUGAGCAAAAAUGUGCUGAGGUCUCCUGGGAAGGGCUUGGGGCAGCCGGCUGAGCUCUGCUUUCAGGAGAAGGUUGAAGUGCUUCCUGAGAGGAGGAGCUUGGGCUGCUCUUCCUUAAGAGCUAGCUCCAUCCUCAGUGUGAUGUGCUUUUGUUGAUGAAUAGAGGACAUCAGAGAUCCGUCAUGCUUGCUGGGGGUAGGCCGCAGAUGUUUCUGCAUUGCACAGGAAGAAGCAGAAGCGUGGUUUGAUGGAACAAUGUGUCAUAUAACUUUGUCCUGCUUGUAACACAGCCCCAGGAUCUGCCAUCGGGGUGUAGGACCUCUGAACAUCCGCAGCUGUGGGGCAGGAGGAGCAGUGCCAGGGCUGCUGCCUGCUGGAUGGUGCUGGGAUGCCUUUGGAACUUGCUGCUGGCUGGAGGAGCAACGUGUGACUGCCCGGCUCCUCUCGACUCUGCACCAUGGACAGCCUGGAGUGUUUGCUUUGGUCCCUUCCUAUUCUAAAGUGCACAAAGCUCAGUGCUACUGGAUGGAAGCAAACCCUUUUCUUCUUCUCCUCCCUGCACCUGGGUGUUUGUUUUGAUGUCUCCUGCAUGCAGAGAGAUCUGAGCAGGCAGAAGAGGUCCUGGCAGGCAGAUGGGUCCUGAGCUUCCUUCUGUGGGGCAGCACAUCCUGUCCAUGCAUCUUCGCUGCCUCAUGCUGCGCAUCACUUUGGAGCAGAGUGUCACAGCAGAGCUGCUUCACACAACAGUUGUGUGUGUGGAACUCUUCCUUGGUAGCCACGUGGGGCCACUGCAAAACUCGCUUUGUACGUGAGAAAUGCCAUGGAACUCUCUUCUACUCUCCUUCAGAUUCAGCUGGGAUAAAUGUAUUGCUGCUAUGGCUCUUUCUUGUCAAGCACCCUAUGGAGAUGUGCAGAAAGCACAUUACUGAGAGCUUGUGUGUGAAGAAGUGGACAUGCAGAGCGUUGGAUCGCAGAGGCCUGGAGCUCCUUGUCCAGCUGGGCUGCUCUGUGCUGUGGUUCUGCAGUGGGGUGUGAGGCAUCACUCUGCCGUCCCAGCUGUGCUUCCAAGAUUGCCUUUUGUCUGACCUGGGAUUUGAUCCUGAGUGAAGUCAUAAGCUCUGUACAUGGCAAGAGGAUUCUUACAGUUUCAUUUCAUUUUGAUAAACUACUGAAAUAAAGAUUCCGAAGGGGAAUUGGCAAGGUGUUAGAAAACUGGGAGUUGAAAUGCACGUUCCUGCUCACAAGAAACAUACUUGGGGAGUUCUUGGGAGGACAAUCAGUCUGGAUGAUGACACUGCUGUCAUCACGAUGGUUCCUGACAGACUGACCAACAGGGUGUUACGUUUUCCCGUGAACUUGCAGUGUGAAGAAUUAGAGAUGUGGUAGGAAGCACAGCUUGGUGAGUGGGGCACACUGUGAGGCUGGUGAGUCCCAAUGGCCGUCCCUGUAGAGCAAAGAGGCAUGUCUAUGCAGUGGCCUUAGCAGCUGGUCUGCAUUUGUAGGGCACGAGGGAGGCAAUGGGUGGGCUGGGGCAGUUCUGUGUGAAUGAAAUGCCUAGGAGGGUAAAAAUGGGCAAGCUGUGUUUUAGUAAAUGACAGCAAACAAUGCUGAAGUCUGUGCUUACAGGUGAAAAUAGCUGCAGAUGAGUGCUGCUGCAGUGCUCAAGUCUGGCUUGGGAGCUUUUUUCCCCUCUUGAUCUUGCAACAACAUGCCCCAGAUGCAGAUAAUUGCUCUGCUGGAGGGGAGCUGGAGAUGGAUGGCUUCCCUUGUUGAGUUUGGUGCUGGGAAGGCAGGUUGCUUCUGACACUGAAGGUUGUAGUAGUCUGUAAGCUGGUGGGCUGAGCAGCAGUUUGGCCAAGGGAGGGUUGAUCUGCUGAAACUGAAGAGGUGGGGUUUUUGGUUUUGUUUUCUUUUUCUCCUGGGGUAUCUAAUAAUCUCCCACUGGAAAAGCACAAUGUUGUAUCUUUCUAUGCAGCCUGGUAUUGCCCUUAAUGCCCCAGUCCCUGCUGUGCUUUGAUAUGGGAUGAGCAGAGCCUGCUGCUCACCUGGCUAUCACCUGGCCCUCUGCUUUCUCUGCUUGACCUCCAGUGUUCUCAGUUAGCUGUGUGUCUGCAUAAGAAUGCAGUAUAGAAAUAACUCUGUGUGCAUUAAGUAACUGUUCUGAAGGAGGGGGGAAAAAAAAAGGCAAAACAUGGAGCAAACAAUCCUGACCUGUUCUUGCUGGCAGGCUGCUGGCUGUGGUGGUAGAGCUGUCCCAGGGGAGCCAUGGUGUUCCUCACACGCUGGCUCUGAUGCUGCUUUGUGCCACAUUGGCCUGUGUCACACCAGCUCGUGCUUGGCUGCUGCUCAGGACUUCUGUGGGUGUGAACCUUCUGUCUAAGUGCUUAUUUCCUAUGAAAGAUUUCUUUCUUCCCUUCCAUCGUACUCUCCCAAGUGAUGGUUUCUUCACUUGGCUCCUCCGUGCUCACUGGGAGCAAUGGGCUGCCUGCAUUUCCACCUUCCCCAUGGCUGGAUGCAGUCAGUCUCUUUGAUUAAGUGAUCCAGGAAACUUUUCUCUGCCCAUAUUUCUUUCUCCCACCCCUACCAUUCAGUCUCAUCUGAAUGCUGUAAGCAAGAAUUGCUCUACUGAAGCUGUUCAGGGAGGAAUCUGAUGGUUUUCGUGCCGGUGGAGCUGGGGGUGUGGUUAGCUCGGUGGAGGCUGUAGUUAUCAGCUGGGGCUGAGCAGCAGGUGGAGCCUUACUUUGGUAGCCUUAUUUUAGCAGCCUCUUCACCUUCAUCGUCUCGGGCAGUUUCCAGUGUGCAGUCAGCUCUGGUGUGUGUGCCUGGGGGAGGUUUGGUGCCAGCAUGCAAUCUCCCUGUUCAACCCAUCCAUAAAUACAACUUAGUGGUUACCAAACGCUUGGUAGCCAGAAGCCGGUCUAGAAGGGCCUUGGAGAGGAAAGCACUGCUAAGAUAGCUCUCUCUUCCAGGCAGUGUGUUUGGUUUUUUUUUUUUCUCCUUCUGUUGUAGCUAAUUGCAAAGAUAAAUGCAGUUAGCAGUAUGCAGAGGGCCUUCUCUUGCUGCACCAUGCUGAGGAAUGCCUUGUGCGUGGUGGUUUCUUGCCUUCCAGCCUGGUUCAUUUUUAGAUGCCAGAGGGCAUUUUGAGACUGUUACAACUUCAUUUUACAUUGUGUUUAUAUGAAGCAGGGAAAAAAAAAAAAAAAAUCCAGUGCUUUGCCAAGUAUUUCUGGAAAGAACAAGUUUCGUGGAUAAUAGUUUUCAUGUUCUACCUGCUCCUUGGUGUGUUAAAGCUACAGAAGAAUCUUCUCUACCCCGAAUGAAGGCUUUGAGAGAUUAGCCUUCAAGUAGUCACUUGAGACAUGUUAAGAAAUAUCAGUGCUAGAUUUAAUGAAGAUUUGAAUAAUGGAGUUACAACUGACUGUUGCUCCUGGGAUCCAGUGAAUGUCUAGGCAGGGAUCUCUGUGUGCUGCUCCUCAGGUUAUCUGUACUGUCACUCUGGGGUGCACUGAGCUGACUGCCCGGUGACAGCAUGGAGCUGCUCCAGCCCUGCAGUGGCUCUGGCAUGGCUGUAUGGGAGGUUGGUGAGUCCAGAGUGCUGGAGAGGAGCUUCCUUGCUUUGCUGGUAUGCCCUGAGCCUGCAGAGAGAGCUUGGACUUGGGAAAUUCCCUUUAAGAAUAUGGGAAGUGCAGCAAAAUGGUCCUUGUGCUGACCCAGGACUGGUUGCCUCACAAAUAGCAAAGGGCAGCACGCUUGCCUGGCAGAUGCUCUGUGGUAACAUAACUUGUCUAGUGGUAAUAUCAGCUUCCCCUUAGGAACAUCCACGUCUCCGUGGGCAGAGUAAGGCUGAAGCACAGUGCUCCGAAGUGAAGAAUUCUUUAACCAUCAGCUGGAAUUGGAGUGAGAUCCUGUUCCCAUCCUGGAGAGGGGUGUCUGCACAGUGUCCGUGCUGCCUUGAGUGGCACUGGGAGACAGCACAACUUCCCAUCUCAGAGUGGGCUCAGACAGCUGCGAAGCAUGACUGAGUCAGGAUGAAUGAGGUGGUUAAAAGCUCUGUGCCCUUUACGGUUCACAGUUCAGUAAAAGCAAGGGAUGUAAAAGCAGGAAACCGUUACUGACCAUGCUUUGAAGAGGCUUGCUUGACUCACACCUCCUCGCUGUGCUGUUUGUCCCUGCUGCCCUGUCUGGGCUGUACACAGAAUGCUGCCCUGCAGCCUCUGUCCUCAUCCUGUUUGAUACCUGAAUGCUGGCGUUUCGUUACUGCAGCUCAAAAAGCGUGUUGGCUCCAGUUGGUAUUGUGGUUGGACUGGAUGAUCCUGCGGGUCUUUUCCAACCUUAGCGAUUCUAUGAUUCUGGGCUGUACGAAACCGAAAUAGGUGGAACAAAUACAUGGAGAUUCACCUGAAGGCAGAGCGUGCUGCCGUGUGGACCUUCCUGGUGCUCGUGUGUCUGUGCUGGCAGCAGUACAGCUUUGCAGUGAAGGGGUUCGAUUGAAGUUGCUGCUGGAGCUGUGUGUGGAGCACACAGGAGUUAAAAAAGGGAAAAUGAAGAGGUGACAUAAGAGCACACUGGAAAACCCCGCUCUGAGCAGCCACAGGUACUGCGUGCAGCAUGAGAGGUUUUGCUUCGGAAGCUUUUUCUUUGAGUUCCUCUUCCCCACAUUACGUCCCUCUCCACCUGCAAAGAAACAAAGAGGGGUUUGUGCCCGGAGCACGGGGAUGUACGCGGCACUGCGCUGCCCUUAAUGAGGCCCUCCCCGCUUCGCAGCGCUCCAACAGAUUGGUGCUUCCAAAAAGAUCUUUAUCGUAGCAGUUGAGAACGGGAGUCCUUUCUGUAUUGAAAAACCUGAAAGGAAACAGCAUCCUGUGCAAACUGUGGCUUUGUGCGUGCUCACGUAAUGGGCUAUCAAUCAAAUUUAAUUAAAACCGGGGUAACCGCGGAGUUUCUCUCCCUUUCAGUUCAGCUAUGGCACGGGGAAAAGAAGUUUUAUCUUUACAAGCUGCUCUCGCAGAAAUUAUUGCUGCGAUUGCAGUUAAGCCCUUGCCUUAAAGGCAGUGAAAUUAAUUUGCUUGUUUUUAUAGAGAAAUUUCUUGCCUGUUGGCCAACUCCAAAAAUAGCUGUGGAGUCCCUAGAAGCGAAGCAUGCGCACGCUUCAGUGCAGCGGCAUCAGUUGGUGCAGAAAGACAGGGUUUGCCAGGCAGCGUGCGCUGGUUUCUUCCUGCAGAGCCUUUUCUGCAGCUCCCUGAGCAGCAGAGGGUGCACGAUGGGCUGCACGGCACGCCAGGACCCACCUCGAGCUCCUGCAGCCCUGCUGGUGAGCGGGUGGUGCUGGGCUGCUCAGAGCUCACUGUGUUGGAGCAGCUUGCUCCCCUCGCAGCCUGGCAGCUGAGGAAUCGUCCCCUGAAGAGACAGUACCCUUCUUCCUCCCACCCUUACUUUCUUUCUGCUAUAUAUUGGGCUGCUGAAUAGGCUUGCAUUGACCGGGUAACAAAGAAGUCUUUCAGGCCCUAGCUUUAGUCACAGCCAGUGUGUUGUGGGCUUUUGUUAAUACGUUCAGUCCCCGCUUUCUCUUUCAGCAGCCCUUGCUCUCAUUGUUAAUACAUUUCAGGAGCCGCAAUGAUAUUUCUGUGUUCAUUUUGUUUGCUCAGUUUGCAGGAAAAGUUGCAGAGAGCCGAGAGGGAGCACACCAUCUCACCCUGCUCCGCACUGCAGAGAGCAGUGUGUGCUGUGGGCAGAUCCCCAUGGAGCAGAGCAUGACUGAGAGUUGUGGGGCUGCUCACUGGCCUCCCCCCGCUGCUGUAUGUCUCUACAUUCUCCUGGUUAGUUCUGGCCUGGCGUUGGGCCGUGGAAGAGGAAGGCUCUUACUGGUACAGCUGACUCUGCUGAGUGACUGUUAGGUGCUUGGAGAGCGUUUUUCAUGAGUUGUAAAUUCAUUCAGUGUCUUCCCAAGUGGAUGUAGUGUGUGGCUUUGUUUUGCAAGCGGAGGAUGCGUGUGUGCUCCCUCCUACCAGCAGGUAGAGAUGAGCGAAAACCAAGCUACUUCUCUGUGUCUGUGCUAGUAAAUCUGAAAGCUGCUGGAAGGCGCUUUCUAAUUGUUCUGAAACAUCAGUAUGGGAAUUAAUUCCUGGAAAUAAAAUGUUAGGAAGCAGCUGAUUUAAAGGGCUGAUGCAGAGUAGGCACUCAGAAAUAAAGGUGAAAACAUCCAAGAGGGAGAUGGGUGAUGUUAGGGUUGUUCCUUCUCCAUUGCAGACCAUCACUGGGGGGGUGUGCCCCCAAACCAGGUGUGUUGUUGGAGACAAACUGGGUGGUGAUGGGGUUGGUGGUGGCAAUGAACUCCUGCUCUCAGUACUGUGUCAUGGUGCCCCCAGAGGUUGCCAUAUGCUCUGGAGCAUCUCAGCACACCUCCUUUUUUCCCCAAAUAGUUGGAUUUUUGGCUCUCUAAACUGCUGUUUAAUGGAAUGAAAAGCUGCGUUGUCUUCCACUCAAUGAGAACAUAAAUUGUGGUGCUCAGAGCAAUAAGUGUGACUGUAUUUCUGCACCUUUUAAAGGAUCACAUGAGCAAGGCCAGCAAGUCAUGACACCACUCUGUUAAAUGGGAUAGAACAGAUUUGAAAGUGCUUUGCACAGUAAAAGGUGGAGAUCUGGUGGAUGCCAUCACUCGUGGGAGGAAGCUUUCAGCAUUAUUGCAAAUGUAGAUCCUUGCUUGGAAGGUUUCCUUAGCCCUGUGCCUUCCCCCUCAAAAAAAAAUGUGCUCUUUCAUUAAUUACUCAAAAGAAGUUCCUGUAGCCAGGGACAGCUUUCCGAGUGCUCAGCUGCGCACUGUGAACGCUCCUUGUGCCCUGGUAAAUGUUGUCUUUAGUUCUGUUUUUCUUGUCAGAGGAUCUGGUUUGGUUUUUCAGUUGUUCUUUUAUUAUUUUUCUCAGCUUUUGUAAGUAAAUGCCUGGGGUGACAUUGCUGUGUGGCAGCAUAGCCCUAUAGGGGGAGUCUGAAUGUUAAAUAAAGCGCCAUCUGAAUUCCUCCCAAUUUCCUGUAUGAAGAGAUGAGCCUUGCCCAAUGUCUGGAAGGCUAAUAAAUAAAUUCAGGCUCUCACAGAUUGAGAGGGGAAAGAGAUCUGAAGGCUGGGGGUAUGGAACGUGUCUGUGAGACAGCACUAGAACUGUCAUUUCCACUUUUAAUUUGGUGCCAAAUUUUCCCAACUGAUAAUAAUAAUAGGGUGUUUUUCCUAGCAUCUUCAGCCGGUGAAAUGCCCGGGCAGAGGGUUUGUAUUGGGAUGCAUUAUCCUGACCCUCUGUGCCCCUUGGUGUGCUCACUGUGAGAUCUCUGCUCACAUAGUGCAGUUGCUGUGUUCUCCUGCAGGCCUCAAUGGAAGGCUCUUCUAAUCAGAAUCUUGGGCUGAAGAGGCUUGGCCUAAGUUUUGACUUUGGGUGCCCCUAUCACUGCUGCUCUUUUUGUAUCUUUUAUGUUAACAGUGUCUACUGGAGUUCAAAAUGUGGGAGGUGCCCUGGAAAUAAAUAUGGAUUUGCUUGCUUUUAUACGUCCUCAUGCUAAGUGUCGUAGUACUGCUUUUCAUGCAGACUCUUCCAUCUCAUGUGUCUGUCCUUUUGAGAUCUGCUUACUUUUGUUUUGUAGAAUCAUAGAAUGGCUUGGAUUGGAUACUCAAGGAUCAUCAAGUUCCUAGGCUCUGGCACAGGCAGGGCUGCCAGCCACUAGAUGAAGUACUUGACCGGAUUGCCCAGGGCCCCAUCCAGCGUUGCCUUAAACACCUCCAGGGGUGGAGCAUCCACAGCCUCUCUGGGACUUCUUUGAAAAUGGGAGCCUUCUUGGAAGCAGGUAACACAAGUAGCAAGACAGCCGGGUCCUCCUGCCCCAUCCCCUUACACUGCACAUGAAAUAAAUAAGGGACACCCAAAUAUUGCUGCAACGCCACCGGGACACACGUCGUCCCCAGGGCUCUCACAGGCUCCUUACCCCUCAGGACAGAAUGCAGCUCCAACCACGCUGGUGUACCCUCAAGCCCCACAAACAAUGAACACUCAGCCUCAGACCCGCUCGCCGAGUAAGAUGAAUGCUGCUGAAGCGUGGCAACUGAAAGCCUCCGAGACAGAAGCCUUCUGUUUGCCCACUUAACAGCCCGGCAGAACAGUGCCAAUACAUUGCACAGACAACUGGAAGAGGAGGAAGGUUUUGGAACAGAGUCCGGUUUACAGGUCCCUGGCUGGAAGAGGCUGGAUAAAAUACUGCAUUUUUGCAGCGGGGCCUCGACCUGCCCAUCACCAGUUUUUUCAGAGGCCUCAGAUCCAGCCUCCACGAGCCACCAUCCAGAACAGCAGCCCUUCCAUCCGUCCUGGUGCACAAACACCGACCGCAGUGUAUCAGACAAACCAACACAUCAUGAUGGUUAAUCACCUGCCGAUGCCGUAUCCCAUGCCUCAGGCCCCCCAGUACUGUAUACCACAGUAUCGCCACAGUGGCCCACCCUAUGUUGGGCCCCCCCAGCAGUACCCUGUGCAGCCGCCGGGGCCGGGCCCCUUCUAUCCAGGUCCGGGUCCUGGAGAAUUCCCCAACGCCUACGGAACACCUUUCUAUCCAAGUCAGCCGGUGUACCAGUCAGCACCCAUCAUAGUGCCUACGCAGCAGCAGCAGCUUCCACCAGCAAAAAGAGAGAAAAAAACGAUCCGGAUCCGGGAUCCGAACCAGGGGGGCAAAGAUAUAACAGAAGAAAUAAUGUCCGGCGGGGGCAGCAGGAACCCAACGCCACCCAUCGUCAGACCCACCUCCACUCCGACCCCACCUCAGCAGCUGCCCAGCCAGGUCCCUGAGCCCAGCCCUGCGCUCUAUGGGCCAGCGGAGAGCACCCACCUCACCGCCAGCGCCCCUGGCCCUGUGGCCAUCGCCCCGAAGCAAGAAGAGAAGCCAAAACCAGACCCAGUAUUAAAGCUGUCUUCUUCCGUGCUCCGGGCGGAGUCCGCAGCAGAGAAGCAGGAUCCGGCCAUGCCGGUGGCUGAGCCCACCCCGCCACACACCCCGCCGGCCCCCGCUGCGGCCCCAUCACCACCCCCUGCCCCGCUCACAGCUGCUGCCACCAUCGCUCCUGCUAAACCCUCACCCACUGCCGACCUCGAGGAGGGAUGUGAAGUCGCUUCCCCCAAGGAGGAGGCGAUGCCUCUCCCCAGCGCCGUGCCCUGCCUGGACAUGUUGGACCCUGUGCCCACAGAAGAGCCCUGUGGCGAGGCGUGCCAGGAGCCGGGCAGCGCUGCAGCACCCGCCGAUGUUCCGGUGACUGUUAGCAUGAACACGAUUAACGACUUGAACGGAGUGAGUGAGAAUGUCGCUGCCGCAGAGAGUGGGGCCGGUGUGGCUGCAGAGGAUGCCGUGCCGCUCACUGAUGGCCCGCAGGAACCAGGGGCAGCUCCCGGGGACCUGGGCACGGCGCCGCCCCCCAGCACCCCCCAUGCAGCCGCGGCCCCAUCCCCACUGCCCGCCCCAGCGCCCAGCCCUCCUCCUCCUCCUCCUGCUGCUGCUCUGACCAGUACAGCCCCUUCCCCACCGUCCCCUCUGCCUCCCAGUGCCCCCCCUGCUCAGGGAGAUGUGGAGGGAGAGGAGGGCACAAGGACUGCUCCUAGUGAAGAGCUGACAGAUACUGAGAAGAAGGAAGAGACGGAGGCAGAUGGGCAACUGGAGGAGAGCACAGAGGCUCUGAGCUUGAGCUCUAGCAAGAGUCCUGUCCCAGCCUCAACUGCUGUAACUGCACCAAAGACGUGGACAAAACCAAAAGAGCGGACCCAGGGCACCGAGGAAGUGGCAGAGGCAGAGGCAGAGCCUAAAGUAGAGGAGGAGCUCUCGAGCGACAAAGUACUUGAAUCUGAACAGGAUAACAUGAGCCAUGGGUUUCAGCUGGAGAGAGACCCCUCUGAACUUAAAAAAGUGAAACCUGUGGAAGAGAAUGGAGAGCAGGAGGCAGAGCCUGUCCGUAAUGGUGCUGAGAGCAUGUCGGAGGGAGAGGGGACCGACGCGACCUCGGGCUGCACGGAGGGCUCCGCUGAAGGGCCCCCACUGCAGUACAAGCCAGAGCAGUGGAAGCCCCUGGACCCGGAUGGGAAGAAGCAGUACGAUCGGGAGUUCCUGCUGGACUUCCAGUUCAUGCCUGCCUGCAUCCAGAAGCCAGAAGGGCUGCCUCCCAUCAGCGAUGUGGUUCUCGACAAGGUGAGAGGAGAGCCCAUCAAACAGGUCAACCAGCCCAAAUUGCCCCUGAGAACUCUGGACCCUCGGAUACUGCCUCGAGGCCCGGACUUCACACCAGCCUUCGCUGAUUUUGGGAGGCAGCCGUCCGGUGGAAGAAACGUACCUGGAAGUGCCUGCAAAGUGCAGAGCGGCCCUGGAUUGCCGUCCCUGGCUCGGUGCGGUUCCCCAGCAUGCCCUCUCUUGGUCUCGCCUCACCCACCACUGAGGAACCUGCCAAUAGGGUUGUUGAAUGUUGGACCGAGGAGAUCUCAGCCGGGCCAGAGGAGGGAGCCCAGGAAGAUUAUCACGGUGUGUGUGAAGGAGGAUGUCCACCUGAAGAAGGCAGAGAACGCCUGGAAGCCGAGCCUGAAACGGGAGAACCAAACUGAGGACCCCGAAAAUGUCAAAACCCAGGAGCUGUUCCGCAAGGUACGAAGCAUCUUGAACAAGCUGACUCCCCAGAUGUUCAAUCAGCUUAUGAAGCAAGUCACAGACCUGACGGUAGAUACUGAAGAGAGGCUAAAAGGAGUCAUCGACCUGGUCUUUGAGAAGGCUAUUGAUGAGCCAAGCUUCUCAGUGGCGUACGCAAACAUGUGCAGGUGUCUCGUGACGCUGAAAGUGCCCAUGGCAGACAAACCUGGGAGCACAGUAAACUUCCGCAAGUUGCUGUUAAAUCGCUGCCAGAAGGAAUUUGAAAAGGACAAAGCUGACGACGAUGUCUUUGAAAAGAAGCAGAAAGAACUUGAAGCUGCUACCACUACAGAGGAGAAGACACGGCUCCAUGAUGAGCUGGAAGAGGCCAAGGACAAAGCCCGGCGGAGAUCCAUUGGGAAUAUAAAAUUCAUUGGUGAGCUUUUCAAACUGAAAAUGCUGACGGAGGCGAUCAUGCAUGACUGCGUGGUAAAGCUGCUAAAGAACCACGAUGAGGAGUCCCUCGAGUGCCUUUGUCGUCUGCUGACUACCAUUGGCAAGGACCUGGACUUUGAGAAAGCAAAGCCUCGCAUGGACCAGUAUUUUAAUCAGAUGGAGAAGAUUGUGAAAGAGAGGAAAACGUCUUCAAGGAUUCGGUUCAUGCUGCAGGAUGUGAUAGACCUAAGGCUGUGCAACUGGGUUUCACGGAGAGCAGACCAAGGCCCAAAGACUAUUGAGCAGAUUCAUAAAGAAGCCAAGAUAGAAGAGCAGGAAGAACAGAGGAAGGUCCAACAACUCAUGACCAAAGAGAAGAGGAGACCAGGUGUCCAGCGGGUUGAUGAAGGUGGAUGGAACACUGUGCAGGGGACAAAGAACAGCAGAGUGCUGGACCCUACCAAGUUUCUUAAAAUCACCAAGCCCACAAUAGAUGAGAAGAUUCAGCUUGUGCCUAAAGCCCAGUUGGGCAGCUGGGGAAAAGGCAGCAGUGGUGGAGCAAAGGCAAGCGAGAUGGACUCCUUACGACCAAGUGCCACUAGUUUGAACAGAUUUUCCGCACUGCAGCCUCCAGUCUCAUCUGUAUCUGCCUCAUCUGCAUCCUCAGAACUAGAUUCUCGCAGGGCCUUAACGAGUCGUGGGAGCACGGGCAGGGAGAAGAAUGAUAAACCUCUCCCACCUUCCCUGUCCCGCCCCAACACCUUCCUCCGGGGCAGCAGCAGUAAGGAGCUGCUGCUCGACAAUCAGGCGCAGGAGGAGCAGCGGAGAGAGAUGCUGGAAACGGUGAAGCAGCUAACAGGUGGCAUGGAGAUGGACAGGAACAGCACAGAGGCAGAGAGGAGCAAAGCCAAGGAGUCUGCCAAGCCAGAGGCUCCUCCAGCUCCAGUUCAAGAGAAGCCUUUGCUAUCAGAAGAGGAAAUUGAGAGAAAAUGCAAAUCUAUCAUUGACGAGUUCUUGCAUAUUAAUGAUUUUAAGGAGGCGAUGCAGUGCGUGGAGGAGCUGAGCGCCCAGAGCCUGCUGCCUGUGUUUGUGCGAGUGGGAGUGGAGUCGACGCUGGAGAGGAGUCAGAUCACCAGGGAUCACAUGGGCCAGUUAUUACAUCAGUUGGUGCAGUCCGGAAAGCUGAGCAAGCAGGAUUUCUUCAAGGGGUUUUCAGAUACCUUGGAGAUGGCAGACGAUAUGGCCAUAGAUAUACCCCACAUAUGGUUGUACCUAGCUGAGCUGGUGACCCCCAUGUUAAAAGAAGGAGGAAUCUCUAUGAGAGAACUUAUACAAGAAUUUAGCAAACCUUUACUUCCUGUGGGAAGAGCCGGGGUCUUGCUUGCUGAAAUCUUGCACCUUCUAUGCAAACAAAUGAGCCAUAAGAAAGUGGGAGCCUUGUGGAGGGAGACUGGCCUUAGUUGGAAGGACUACUUACCUGAAGGGGAGGAUGUACAUACCUUUCUCAUGGAACAAAAGUUGGAGUUCACAGAGUCCGACUGUUCCAGUUCCUCAGAAGCACUUUCAGAGAAAGAACUCUCUGCAGAAGAGCUGAACAAGCAGCUAGAAAAACUCAUUGUUGAGGACAAGGCGAAUGAUGAACAAAUCUUUGACUGGGUAGAGGCUAAUCUAGAUGAAAGCCAGAUGAGUUCACCUACAUUCCUUAGAGCUUUAAUGACAGCAGUUUGUAAAGCAGCUAUUAUAGCGGACUCGUCUAGCUUCCGUGUAGACACUGCUGUUAUCAAACAGAGAGUGCCGAUCUUACUCAAGUACCUGGACUCAGACACAGAGAAGGAACUACAAGCACUUUAUGCACUACAAGCAUCAAUAGUAAAACUUGAUCAGCCUCCUAAUUUGUUGCGGAUGUUUUUCGAUUGCCUGUAUGACGAAGAGGUAAUAUCAGAGGAUGCCUUCUACAAGUGGGAAAGCAGCAAGGACCCAGCAGAGCAGAACGGGAAAGGAGUAGCGCUGAAAUCUGUCACAGCAUUCUUCACGUGGCUACGGGAGGCCGAAGAGGAGUCGGAAGAUAAUUAAAACUUAAAAUACAGGAAAAAAAAAAAAAACCACACAAAAAAAAAAAACAAUUUAAGUAUUUUUUUAAAAAGUUUCACGUCUUCGCCAAUCACAGUGCAGCAAGGCCAAUUGUCGCACAGACCCCCCUUCCCCCACACAUGCACGAGUGGGAGAGGUAAAAAUAGAUAAACACAAAGGUGAUCAUGGAGGAAAAAAAAAAAAAAAAAGGUACUUGAAAAAAAAACAGUAAACUUCAAACCUGGCGGGAGCACUAAACCAAAAUACAUGUAUUAUUUAUAGAAAAUAUUUUCUGUUUUAAUCUUUUUUUUCUUUUCUUUCUAAGCGAGGACUCAUAAAAACACAAAGCAAAACAAACCUGUUUAGCAAAAAAAAAAAAAGUUUAGAACUUUUAAUUUAUUAUUUUAAGGACUGCAAAUGCCAGUGUAAUUUUUAAAUUUGCAGUUUCUGUAAACAAAUUGUAUAAUAGAACAAAAAGCAGAGAAAUAAAUUUCCCUCCCCUUCGUAUGCACCUCAGUUUUGUUUCAAAGCAUGAUAAAUAGACAAAACUUUUCAGGGGGAUUGGGGUAAGCUAGGUGAGGAAGAGAUCCUUUUUUUUUUUUAUUGUCAUCAGAUUUUUCUGCCUGCCUCUCAGCUUGCUUCAGAAAUGUAAAAGAACGUAGUGCAUAACCUUGGAUCGGAAGGAAGUGAAUUUGAGAAAACGGCUGCGGACCAGAGUGCUCCAAAAAUAACUCAUUCAAAACAGUGCUACCCUGGGGAAAAAAAAAAAACAGUACUAGUGAUACUUUCAGAACCUUUAGAGCAACUUUAAGGCUUGUAAAUACAUAGAACAAAUAUUUAAAAAAAAAAAAAAAGAAAAAAAAGAAAAAAAGAAAUUGACUCGGAUACUAUUUCUUUUCACUUUCAAAAUAUAAAGAACAAAAUAAAGACAAACAUUGCAAGUUUAAAAGAAAGUAAAACGACUUCUCCUUUGACAGCUGCUGAAUGUGUGCACCAUCUCAGUGGUGCUGGCUUCCUUUCCAUUGUGUAGAUCCUCAGUUCCAAAUUGUGUACAUAUAGUGUGCGUAUGUAUGUGUGUCUACCAAAAAAAGAAGGGUGAGAGCAAUUGUUUUUACAACAAAAAGGUGGGGGGUUGCUGCGUGGGAGACUUCUUCUGCAGAGAGAACUUAAUGGCCAACAGCAGCCGGCUGCUGCAGUGCUAGGCCCAGCUGCUCGCAGCGUGUUGCCGUGAGGCUGCAGGGGGCCGCAGGGCCAUGCCUGUUUCUGCAGCCAUGUGAGCGCGGUGCCUCGUGCGACGUGGAACAGUGGUGCUGUGCUGGGGACUUGCGACGCAGCGACUGCGGAGAUUGCAGCUGUUGAAGCAGAGAACCCCGAGAGCCCUUCUCCGUGGCUUGUGCAUCUGCUGCUGCCCAGCUCCCAGCACUCUCCUCCACACCUGCUGGCUGCCCUGGUGUUCGUUAGGAACCGAAAAACCCAGAAGGGUAAAAAGGAACGCGACUGACGAGAGUCAAGAGGUGGAACAAGCGCAGCGAGCGACACAGUGCUCUUCCCAUCCCUGCCCACCCCGUGGGAUGCCUGAGGCCUGCUCACCGAGUGCUAGCUGAGCUGCUGCUGAGCACGUUAAGUCUCCUGCGUGUCUCUCAUCAACAACCAAAGCUGACCUGCUGGCUCUCACCGUGAAGAAGCGUCUGCUGUCAUUGAGUUUGUGAAGCCCUGACAUGUAGUUUGUGAACUGUGGUCCGUGGACCACGAGUAACCUGUGGAGCAUUUGCUGGUGGUCUGUGCAGCGCUAGCUGCUCACAUGAUGCUGUCUUAUUUUCUUUCCAGCUGCUAAACCACUUCUUUUUAAUCUUAAAAAAAAAAAAAAAAAAAAGGGAAAAAGAAAAGGAAAAACAAGAAAAAAAAAGGCAAAAAAUACAUUAAAUACUUUCCUAAUCUUACUUUUACAUGUAAACAAUUGCUGUACUCGCAUAAGGACGUUACUUGAUCACCAAGGGGAAGGGAGGAGGGUACCUGGUUGUGGCUGGAGGGGGAGAUGUCUGUGUGACACUUUCCCUGUUAAUGUGUGUUCCAUGCCAUGCAUCUGAGCUAGAGAAUCCAUGGCCUAAAACACUAGAGCAUUGUUCAGUUCUUUUUUUUUUUUUUUAAUUAACAAUAAAAUACUUUUCUCUGA